AGUUUGAUUUGUUUUAAUGUUUUUGUUGCGAGUGUUGUUGCUAUAGAUGCUGCUGUGAGCUCGAAGAAAGAUGAAAAUGGUGAUGAAAAGUUUUUAUUUCAUAAAGGUGGGGGAUUUGGAGGUGGAUAUGGAGGUGGAGGAGGAUUUGGUAAGGGAAUAGGAAUUGGGUUUGGUAAAGGUGGAGGUAUUGGUGGAGGCGUUGGAAAAGGUGUUGGGAUUGGAGGAGGGUAUGGUAAAGGUGGUGCACUUGGCGGAGGUUAUGGUAAAGGUGGUGGAAUUGGUGGAGGAAUCGGCAAGGGUUUAGGUGGUGGAAUUGGCAAGGGUCUAGGUGGAGGAAUUGGCAAGGGUGCUGGAAUUGGAGGCGGGUAUGGUAAAGGUGGUGGAAUCGGUAAAGGUGUUGGUAUUGGCGGUGGUUACGGUAAAGGCGGUGGACUUGGAGGCGGAAUUGGUAAAGGUGUUGGUGUAGGAGGUGGAAUUGGUAAGGGUGCUGGAAUUGGAGGUGGGUAUGGUAAAGGUGGUGGACUUGGCCAUGGAAUUGGCAAGGGUUUAGGUUGCGGAAUUGGAGGCGGGUAUGGUAAAGGUGGUGGAAUUGGUGGUGGAAUCGGUAGGGGUGUUGGUAUUGGUGGUGGUUAUGGUAAAGGAGGUGGACUUGGUGGCGGAAUUGGUAAAGGUGUUGGUGUAGGAGGUGGAAUUGGUAAAGGUUUAGGUGGUGGAAUUGGAAAAGGAGGUGGCUUGGGUGGUGGGAUCGGCAAAGGUGUUGGUAUUGGCAGUGGUUACGGUAAAGGUGGUGGACUUGGAGGCGGAAUUGGUAAGGGCAUUGGAAUUGGUGGUGGUGGUGGUGGCCCAGGUGGAGGAAUUGGUAAAGGAUUCGGCAUUGGUGGAGGAAUUGGUAAAGGAUUCGGUAUUGGUGGAGGAUUUGGCAAAGGCGGUGGCAUCGGUGGUGGGUUUGGCAAAGGUGGCGGCAUUGGUUCUGGAAUAGGUGGAGGAUCCGGAGGUGGGUACGGUGGCGGAUUUGGAGGUGGUGGCGGCGGAAGUGGAGGUUUCGGUGGUGGAGGCAUUGGAGGAAUCGGCCAUCACUAAAUUGGUCAGUUCACUUAUCUGCCCAAUUUGCAUGGUGAAAAUGUUCCCAUGCACCCUUGCAUUUAUUUGUUUUUCCAAAGCCUCUGUCAGAUGGACAGAAUGAAUGUUUUCCAUUUGCUUGAUGUUUGUUACCAAUUAUUUAUGAAAUUCUAAAUUCUAUUAUUAUCUAAUAAAAUUUCAGUAGACUG